AUCAGUAUGAGGGGACUGAAGUGCAUCAGUGAGAACUCUGGACUCCUGCCGCUCAUCUGCGCCCUGCUGGACGACGGAGACUGGGAGGUGUGCCUCCACUCGGUGCGGCUCCUGCAGUCGGUGCUGCUGGAGGAGGAAGUGCUUCUCCUUCUGGGCCCCCCCCUGCUGGACCCCCGGCUGCAGGCGGCUGUGAGCCGGCUGACCUCCAGCCUGCAGCCUGCAGCCGGGCCUCAGACUGGCCGCCCAGCAGACCCUGGAGGACCUGCAGACCCUCCAACAGAGUCGGGGAGGUAAGCAGAGCAGUAUCUUCAAUCCUCCUGCUGUCUGACUGCCCUUCGUCUCACACUAUAUCUGUCUGUCUGUGCAAAUUCAGGUUUUCAUUGUAUAAUCAUUAUUGAAGUAAAAGGAACAUUAUAUUUUCUAAACAGUAACACCUUUUUACUUGCACUGUU